UUGGACACGCCCACGGAUGACAGCCUCGAGCUCGGUCUUGUGAUAGCGGUUAGCGUCGUUGUCCAGCUGACUGUCUGCUUAAUUCGUCAAUUCGCGAAUGAAGACUUUAGUUGGAUAAAUGAAAAGUUGCCAAACAACUACACCCUACACUUGGCACGAUGCUGUCCCGUCUACUGAAGGAGCACCAGGCGAAGCAAACUGAGCGGAAGGAGCUACAGGAGAGACGCAGGCGUGAAGCUAUUGCAGCAGCUACAUGUCUGACAGAAGCUCUGGUAGACCACCUUAACGUCGGAGUUGCUCAGGCAUAUGUAAACCAGCGUAAGCUCGACCACGAGGUGAAAACUCUACAAGUGCAGGCGAGCCAGUUCUCCAAACAAACCGCUCAGUGGAUCACUAUGGUGGAGGGAUUUAAUCAGGCUCUGAAGGAAAUUGGCGAUGUGGAAAAUUGGGCCCGCAGCAUUGAGAUGGACAUGAGGACUAUUGCCACAGCUCUGGAGUAUGUUCACAAGGGACAGCUUCAAUCUUCGUCUACCUAAACAUCACUGGAAGAGUUGAAAUUAAAAACACUGCAUCAGUAAUUUUGAUCACCUCUAUGUCCCCUGAGUGGGCUAAUGAUGCUAACUUUGUUUUAGAGAAAUGUUGAUGGUGUGUAGCAUUUGACAACCGCCUGAAUAAAUACUUAAGUCCUCGUGUAACCAACAAUAUUAAGCAGACAUUUGUAUAAAGAUAAAUCCUGUGGAUAAAAUGAAAAAGGCUUAACAUCUAUUGAGUUGUGACUGCAAUUCAUAAAUCAAAACAUUAUUUAAUGGUUUGGACUUUUACAUUUUUUUAGCUGCAGACAAAUUGCUACUUGUCUACUGUCUGUAGAACCUUCUGAAGUUGUCUUUUGGGAGGACUUUGUUUAAGCCCCUGCUACUGAAAUUGUAUAUGUAUAUUUAUAUAAACAUAUGUUUCUUUACA